AUACAAAGUAAUUGUAAAGGCGUUAAUGGUUAUCAUGUAACACGUCUUAAUACAACAAUAGUACCAGUAGAUAUCAUCAUAUUAACGUAUAUAUAUCUUCAAAUGGACACGGAACAAUUGGAAAGCGGAAAUGUUAAAAUCUAAGACAUAAUUUUGAUGAGGAAUUGAUGAAAUGGGACCAGAUAUAUUUAGAUUUCUGUUAUGUUGUGUUUUAGUAGAACAUGGUAUAGGUUUUAGUAGAUUUGCCAUCGAUAUAUUUCAACGACCACGUCCUCGACCAAUGUCUGAUGAUAUACGAAUAUGCAAAGGGAAAUACUCACAUGGGGAUCCUAACACUAACGAGAAAAUAACCAAAUGUGAAUAUUUUACGUGUAUAUCUGGAAUUUACAAAAAGAAAAAGUGCCCAAACGGACUGGCCACACAUGCGGCGUUCAGACGUUUAUGGACUCAAGACAAAAUGGGAGAUGAUUACUUCCCUUGUACCAAAAUGUCUUUUGGAUGUGUAUUGCCGAUAGCAGGAGAAGGACCAAGGCAGCUUUCCAAUACCAAAGUGGAAAUUUGUGGAAUAGAUUUGGUAUUCGCUGUUGACAUGUCCUGUUCGAUCUCUAAUGACAAUAAAGCUAAAGUGAAAAGGUUCAUCAUAACAGCAGCAAGUAGUAUUCCAGUGAGGUCUCAGUAUUCUCGGAUAGGUGUACUGACAUUUUCAGAAAAGGUUUAUCACGUGGCGUAUAUGAAUGAUUACACACGUCAAGCACAACUUAUUGAACGGCUAAAGCAGAUGAAUACUGACCCUUUAACAUGUGGGACCAGAACUGAUGAGGGACUGAGGUUGGCUAGGGAAACAUACUUUUCAGAGCUUUUUGGUUCAAGGAAAACAAGACAGAAAGUUCUGAUAGUUUUAUCUGAUGGUUUUACCUAUCCGCUAUCAUUCCAAAAGGACACUUUCUUCCAAGCAGCUCUUAUACACAAAGCAAAGAUUCAAACUUAUGUCGUUGGACUUCCAAAUAUAAAACUCGAGGAUCCACCUAAGAAUGCAAAAGGCGUCGUUAAUACUCGAUUCACACACGAAGCUGCAAUGGAAGAGUGGCGUAAGAUUGCAUCAAAACCUGAAAAUGUCUUCACAAUGUCAUCAUUUGACCAACUGUUCUUAAAACUAAAUGACAUCAUUAAAUCUGCAUGUUUCACAAUUUAAUUAGACAAACACUUUACAUAACAUUUAUAGACAUAUCUGUUUAAUAUAUGAAAGUUCUAUAAUUCAGGUUAAGCAAGCAUUGUGUUUGUUAUAUGUGAAUGCCAUUUGAAGUGAAUAACCUUACUGACUAACAAUGAAUGACCAGGUCUUUGUUGUUUCUUGGUCAUUGUUUACUUUAUUCAAAGGAUGUGUUAUAAAAUCACCAUAAAUCACAUUAUAAGGAAAUAUACUAUUUCUUUAGUGAUGUCCAUUUAAAGUAGAAAUGCAAAUGUUUUCUGAUUAAUUAUUUCAAGGACUAAAAAUAGAACCAUAAUUCAUCGAGGAAGAGACGCACGUAUGUUAUUUUAUAUAUGCAUUGUAAGUGUUUCAUGGACAUAUGUAAAUAAAUG